CUUAGUUAAUGUGCACAUAUUGUCCCAAAUGUUCAUGGUAUCACAAGUAAGUUGUUUCCAACUUGCCUAUGAAGCAAUAAUUUCAGGGACGACCCACCGUUCCCUCUCCAGAGAUUCCCAUUUCAACAGGGCAUUGCCACUCUCCCAUCAUAAAAGUAGAGACCAUAUAGCUAGCGCAAGUCCCGUGUUCCCAUUCAAUUCAAUACUACCAUCCUAAAUUGUUGUUAGAUCAUUUAGGCCUUUCUUGCUUGUAGUUGCAGACAUAGCACUAGCCAAAACCACUGCCCCACAAAACAACUGCGCACUGCUCACUGAUCUUCUUCCCUUCCUCCCACUCUUUCUUUCUCUCUUUCCCCUCAUCCGUUCCCGUUCCCGUUCCCGUUCCCAUUCCCAUACCAUAAUUUCAGUACCUCCCUCCAACCGAAAAGGAAAACCUUCAUCUCUGCAAAUGACCAGCCUUCCCAAUCCUCCACCGAUCCUCUCCCUAACCCUCCUCCUUUUCCUAACAUUGUUCCCCAAUCUCCUCCGAGCUCUACCAUUACCGGACCCAGAAACCAUCCAGCCCUUCCUCCUCCCAACCCAGUCCCCGCCCUCCACCAUCCCGGCCUUCCCUGAGCAAUCCACCUACCAAGCCUGCCCUCUCGACCUCCCCGCCCCACUCUUCCAAGGCGUCAAAUCCGCUUGCUCCACCUCCACCGCCCGGCAGCAGCAGCACCUCCACAAGGCCCGCUGCUGCCCCGUCCUCGCCGCAUGGCUCUACUCCGCCUACUCCGCCACCGCCCUCGGCAGGGCCGGCCGCCACUACGACAUCGACAUGCCCUUGCUCCCCGACGACUCGGAGACCUGCGUGGAUGCCCUGGAGAAAGGGCUCAGGGAGAAAGGGAUCCAGCUGCCCCGCCUCAACGACUCCUGCGACGCCGUCUACUGCUACUGCGGGAUUCGGCUCCACCCCUUGAGCUGCCCCGACGCAUUUUCGCUCGACACCGGAGGGAAGCUCGUCGGGGACCGCCGCGUGAGGCGGUUGGAAAGAGAUUGCUUCAGCAGCAGCCACAAUGUGAAUGGGUUCCAGGGGUUGAGUGGCUGUUCCAAGUGCUUGACCACUCUCAACACCCUCAACAGCAAUCACAAUAAGGAGUCUUGGAACGCAAGCAACAAACCGGAGGAAAGAAGCACCAAAAUGCGCAACAAGGACUGCCAGCUCAUGGGUCUCACAUGGCUGCUCGCCAAGAACCGGACGGCCUACAUCCACACCGUCUCGGCCGUGCUCCGGGUGAUAAUGAUGAACAACGACGAUGGUGUGGAUUCCCAGCAGCAUUCGUGCGCUCUUAAUCGCGACGGAAUGCCCCUUGCUGUCGAUUCGUAUGAAAUCCAGAGCAGCUCCCCGUCAAUCACCCAUGAAAAAACAAGCUUCUCUGGAAUUAUCUCCAUUGUCGCGCUUCUUUCCUUGUUGAAUUUGGUACAAGCGGUCUUCAGUUUUUAACGUGCAGUGAAUUUGAUUGUAGUUAAAGCCGUGUACUCUCGGGCAGUGAAAAAUUCAAGUUCUUGGCCGUGUGUGUGUGUUGUGUAAAUGGGGAAGCUGGUGGCAGCAGCCAUGGGAAUGUUUGCUUCGCGAAAGUGGGCGGUUGCAGUGGAGAGCCAUGUGGGCAUAAAGUGGGCGUGGUUUGUCUCGAGAGGAGACAGGCUUGGCUUGUCGUAGAAGGUGGCAAUUGAUGGCCGCAAGUAACUUUCAGGCACUAGCAUUCAGUACAGUUGGUUGGAUUGGAUGGAAUCGAAUUUUGGGUUUGUCAUUUAGGUGUGCCAAUUAAUGAUCCUUUGUCCA